AUGGAUGUCGAUAAUCUAAAGGAUACUCAAACCGGUCACUUGGAGGUAUCUCCGAAGUCCAUACCGGCGGAAACUGGAUUUGAAGGACUCACAGCAGAGGAGACUAAGAGACUGGAGAAAAAGCUGGUUAGGAAAAUCGACCUACACCUCAUAUCAUCGCUAUGUCUUCUUUUCAUCUUCAACAUCCUUGAUCGUUCCAAUAUUGCCAAUGCUAGGCUAGGGGGUAUGCAAAGUGAUUUGGGUCUCACUGAUACACAGUAUCAAACUGCUGUUGCCAUAAUGUUUGUGGGCUACCUGCUCGGCCAGGUCCCAAGUAAUAUUAUUCUCACACGUAUCAAGCCAUCACGAUACAUACCCACUGCGAUCUUUAUAUGGGGUGGAAUAUCCAUGUGCGCAGCAGCGACCCAUAAUUUCACCGGGAUAAUGAUUGUUCGUGUUUUGCUGGGCUUUGCGGAAUCUCCUUUCUUCCCUGGUGCUCUUCUCUUGGUAAGCUCUUGGUAUAAACCACAGGAGAUCGCACCCCGCGUUGCGGUGAUGUAUUGUGGUAACACGAUUGCCAAUGGAUUUGGUGGAAUCCUUGCUGCUGGUAUUUUGAGUGGCUUAGAUGGUGCUGCAGGCUUGGCAGGAUGGAGGUGGCUAUUUAUCAUCGAAGGAGCUGGAACGAUGGUUGCAGGAAUUCUGGCCGUUCUACUUCUUCCAGAUUUUCCUCGUUCUGGUCAGCGCAAAUGGCUUUCAGAACAGGAACAGCGAUUUGCCGAGUGGCGGCUGGCUCAAGCUGCGAAUGAUGAGAUCGAUGAAAAUGGUCCUAUAAAAGAGGCCCUUGUUGAUGCAGUUACUGAUCCGAAGGCGUGGAUGCUUAUCGCCAUUCAGAUCUGUCAGCUUACAUCUCAAACGUGGACAUACUUUUUCCCGUCUAUUGUCAAGACUCUUGGCUUCAACAAUAUUGUCACCCUGUUGAUUACAGCGCCCGUAUAUGUGUUUGGCUUUUGUUCUUCGCUGGGCAAUUCCUUCAUUGCUCAAUAUACAGAUAAGCGCGCCGUCUUGAUUAUCUGGCCUCUCAUUAUCGAUAUCGUGGGAAAUAUAAUGGUAAUCUCAACAACCGCUACUGCGCCUCGAUAUAUUGGUAUGUUUCUGAUGUGCGCGGGUUCUUACUCGGCUUUCAAUGUUGUGCAGGCUUGGAUUGCGAGCACUGUACCACGUACCCGAACAAAGCGAGCUAUUGUCUACGCUAUGGUUAAUCUGUUCGGAAACUCGUCGAAUAUCUAUGGAUCGUACUUUUUCCCUACCUCAAGUGCGCCUCAAUAUCGGAUGGGUGGUAUCAUUCUGUCUUCCUAUCAUUCUCGCAGCUGUUUUGGGUUUGUGGUUAAAGGAAAUUGA